UCUGGAACAGGUCUCACCUCCAUCUCUCGCGACAACCAAAGUCAAGAUGGCGGUGCCCUGUGGUAGAUUGUUCGUUGCCCGAAUUCGAGCUGGUCUUUCAAGUCUGAUCCUCGUGAGAGGCAGCCGGUACAGCCCUUUGUAUCUGGAUCCAGAAACAAACAAAGAUCACUACAGCCGGCCUUUGGAGGAAUUAAGUGAGGAUGUGCGUGCAGAACGGGAACUGAAAUCGGUCAGACCUAUCAAGGCAUCUCCAGUAGACGUGACCAGUUCUGUCUUCGCAGACCCAACCAUCGGAAAAUUCACCAAUAUGAUGAUGAAAGGAGGUGAUAAGAUUCUAUCUCGAUCUGUAAUGAACAAGACUUUGGAAGAGAUAAAAAGAGUCCAGUUGGAGAAAUAUUACAAAGCUUCAGACGAGGAGAAGAAAGACAUAGAAUGUAACCCAUACACUAUCUUCCACCAAGCACUGAACAACUGUCAGCCAGUUAUUGGUCUAACAGGCAUUUUAAGAGGAGGAAAGUCAUAUCAGGUCCCUACACCUUUGUCAGAAAAUAGACGCCGAUUCCUAGCAAUGAAAUGGAUAAUUACGGAAUGCCGUGAGAACAAACACCGCCGUACACUAAUGUAUGAGAAGCUUUCCCAAGCUCUGAUAGAAGCUUUUCAUGGGGAAGGUCAAGUGAUCAAAAAAAAGCAUGAGCUACAUAAGAUGGCAGAGGCAAACAGAGCAUUUGCUCACUUCCGUUGGUGGUAGUUGCUAUGUCGCCGUGGUAUCAUGCCAUUUGUAAAUAAUUAUUUUAUAUGCAAAUUAACAAAAAAAAUAGAUAUUAAAGAUUUGAUUGUCUACUUCUGCAGUGUCUAACACCUUGGUGGCACGUUUUACACUAAAGGAUGUGGUGAAAGUUUUGGUGUAGAAGUCUGUUUUUUUUGUCUUCUUAAAUGCUACAGAGCUAGUUACCAUGGAGUCCAUAACCUCCGAAUACUGCCCUUUUCCAUGAAUGCGCCCAGCACUUGUUUCUUAGGGUGUCAGACACUCUAGGGCACUAAGUACUAAAUUCAAAAUGUUGCUAAAUAAUACUUGUAAUAAAGUGUAACAAAUCGCCAUAA